UGAAGCUUCUUUCGUCUUUGUAAUGUUUUUCAUGGACUAAAACAUCCAAUACCACACUACGAGGAAACAGACCACUUUAAUGGAACAAAAAUAAUAAAAGAAUGAACUUUGAAGAUAAAAUAGAAAGCAUUCUUCUUAAAUGCGGAGGUACAGAUGAAAUGCAGUCUUCAAGUGCAGUGGUUGCAGUAGGUGGUAUUUCUGAUCCAGUUGUACUAUCUACGGUGAGACAAGACAGUGAACCGAAUAUCGGGGCUAUUCCUCAUGAAGACAUCCUUUCAGAAGAUGAAAUAUUGCAGGAAGGAGCUCGUCCACAGCAGGAACUGAUUCCACAUGAUGAGCUUAUGGUCCAUGAAGAGACCAUAAAGAAUGAUGAAGAGAUGGAAGCACAAGGCCGACUUCAUCAGGAAAUGCACUAUCCUGAUAAUUUGUCUAUAAACGUAAAACAAGAACUCAGAUCUGUUGAAGCAGCUGAUCAGCAGAAGUUGGACAAAAAGCUGAGAGACCCAGUUGAUUUACAAAAAAAGAAAAAGAGGAAACAACGUUCACCUGCUAAGAUUCUGACAAUAAAUGAAGAUGGCUCGCUUGGAUUGCAGUGCCCAAAGUCUCAUAUCUGUGAGCACUGCAGUGCUGCUUUCCGCACCAACUAUCAUCUACAGAGGCAUGUUUACAUACAUACAGGUGAAAAACCAUUUCAGUGCAAUCAGUGUGAUAUGCGUUUCAUCCAGAAGUACCUCUUACAAAGACAUGAGAAGAUUCAUACUGGUGAGAAACCUUUUCACUGUGAAGAAUGUGGUAUGAGAUUUAUACAAAAGUACCACAUGGAGAGGCACAAAAGAACUCACAGUGGAGAAAAACCAUAUCAGUGUGAUUAUUGUCAUCUGUAUUUCUCCAGAACUGACCGUGUUUUAAAACAUAAAAGAAUGUGCCAUGAAAAUCGAGAAAAGAAAUCUGGUAAAAAUGCGACCAAAAUGGGAUUGCUAGCAACAGAUGAAGAUCCUCAUUUCUCUUCAGUUCCAGAUAUUUCACUGCCAAAGAAAAAAAGACAAAAAACAGGUGAGAAAGCAAAGAAUACAGGGACAUCAGAUAAAGAAAAUCCAGCAGAAAAACAUGAACAAAAGAAAGACAAAAGUGACUUUUUACCAUUGUACUCUAUCACCUCUAAAGUGAAAGAUGAGUACAUGGUGGCAGAAUAUGCUGUUGAGCUCCCUCAUUCUUCUGAUGGUAGCGCUCAUUUGGAAGAAACAACAUCAGGUGAUAUUCACCCACCUAAACUUGUCCUUAAAAAGGUUAGCAAAAGAAGUCAGAAAAACCUUCUAGAACAGAGCCAAGCAAUAUCCCCAUAUGACGAGAGUAAAGUGAGUAAGUACGCAUUUGAACUUGUAGAUAAACAGUCUCUCUUAGAUUCAGAAGGCAAUGUUGACAUUGACUCCGUUGAUACUUUACAAGAUGGACCCAGCAAGCCUGUGCACAGUAGUAACAACUAUGAUGAUGCAAUGCAGUUUUUGAAGAAGAAGAGGUAUUUGCAAGCAGCCACUAAUAAUAGCAGCAGAGAUUAUGCUCUGAGUGUGGGUACUAUAGCUUCCCAGCCUUCAGUCACUCAAGCAGCUGUAGCAAGUGUCAUUGAUGAAAAUACUACAGCAUCUCUACUGGACACACAAGCACUUAAUGCAGAAAUUAAAGCUAACCCCGAUAAAAAUGUAAUCCCUGAUGAGGUACUGCAGACUUUGCUUGACCAUUACUCACACAAAGCUAAUGGACAACAUGAAAUUUCCUUCAGUGUUGGUGAUACUGAAGUGACCUCUAGCCUGUCGAUUAACUCUGCAGAUGCACCCGAGGCUUCCCAGGCUGAGACUGUUGGAACUAGCGCACAAGCUUCUGCAGUAGAGAAAGCCAAUAUAUUUCAAGAAUAUUCAAAAUUUCUUCAGCAGGCUUUAGACCGAACUAGCCAGAAUGAUACUUACUUAAAUAAUACAGGUCUUGCUUUUGUAACAGACAGUACAGGUCUUACAAGCCAAACUGUGUUUUCUCCAUUAGAUAAACAGGUUUAUGCAUCAAUGACUGUUGGAGGGUUUCGGCCAGCGAUAAACUCUCCGUUAAGAACAUCUUCAGACAAGUCGCAUUUUGGAUUAUUAGUUGGAGAGUCCCCAAACCCCUUUACAUUUGCAAAUGAUGAACCAAACCACGCAGCUAGUUCAACGCCACAAGAUUUUUUGGAUCAGGUGACAGUUCAGAAAAAGGCUGAAGCUCAGCCUGUACAUCAGACCUACCAACUUGGCAGUUUUGAACAGCCAUUUAGAGCCCAGUAUCAUGGUGCGAGAUCUGCAUUACCAUCUCAGUUUAACAAUGCCAGUGGACAGAUUAACCUGCGUGGCCCUGGAACAAGCCCAGACUUUCCAGAGUUCUCUUUGGUGAAUGUUGCUGAGAGCAGGUCUCAGAUGACUUCUUCACCAGAUACCCAGACUAGCCAAACGUUUGGCUGAAAAACCUCUUUGGAAAUACAACAAGCACUUUAGAAUGGCUGUGUUAAUGAGAAUGGAUUGCUCUUUAUAAGAUGAAGUGCAAAAAAUUGAACUAGACAAUGUGUUAAUACAGGUACUGUAAAAAUUGACACCAUUAUCAUAAUUCUUCAUUUAGUUUCUCUACUUUCAAAAUAUGUAUUAUGUUUGGAACGUUUAUCAUUUAUUUGUACUUUGAUAAGUAGUGCUGUUAAUAAAAAAGACAACAGGUUAUCUGCUCUGGCAUAAACACCAUGGUAGGGCUGUAUUUUUAUCAUUUGGGUAUUGAGGUGUAAUAUACCUGUGGGUUAAAGUAACGUUGCAAUGAUAAGCAAGUUCAUUUGAUAGAAGAAGCCAAAUCUCUGUGACAGGGAGAUAUUUUUCAGAACUGAGUACUUUAUAAUUGAUGUGUUUAUACAAAGAUUAUACUGCCUUGUUGCAAUCGCCAUUUUUCUUUCUGCCUUAAAAAGGCUACUCUGUAAUAAUGGAAUUGAAAAUAGGUACCUGAAGUAGUAUAGUUAGUAUUAAAUUGUGCUUCCUUUAAGCAUA